UGUACCUAUUGCCAUCUGUAUUUCUUUUCUGGAGAAAUAUCUCUUUAGGUCUGCCCAUUUUUCAAUUGGUUGUUUUCUGUUAUCAAGUUGUAGACAUAUAAUUAUUGAUAAUACUUUCAUGAUCUAAGACAUGUUUCUUUAGAAACAAACCAGCACUAAAUGUAUGGUUCCUAUAUGUAUCACAUGGUGACUUUAAUCAUAAUGAUGAUAAUUAUUAGCAGCCAUGAAGCACUUAUUUUAGGCAGAGACUCUAAUGCUUUGCACAUAUCAGCUUGUGUAAUCCUCAUAUGACCCAUCGGUUACAGGUGAGGGAAUAGAGACACAGAGGUUCCUUGAACAGUGGCUCGUAAUGAGGGUCACACAGCCAGGAAAUGGCAGAGCCAGGAGUAAGUCUCAGCAGCCUGGUUACAUUGCUGGGCUCUUGGCCAGCACAUUCGGCUUUCAUUAGGAUGUGAAGAAGACACACGUGCUGACAAAGCAAGAGACUUUAUUGGGAAGGGAUGCCCAGAUGGAGAGCAGGCAGCUAAGGGAACCCAGGAGGACUGCUCUGCCAUGUGACCCUGUCACGGGUUUUAUAGUAAUUGGGUUAGUUUCCAGGUUGUCUCUGGCCAAUCAUUCCAACUCAGGCUCCUUCCUACUGGUGCUCACAUCGCUCAGCCAAGAUGGAUUCCAACCAGAAGGAUUCUGGGAGAUUGGUAGGACACAUGGACUGGAAUCUCCUCUCUCCUUUUGACCUUUCUCGAAGUCUUGUGAUUGGUGGCAGCUUAGAGCAUCAACAAUUUCAGCUGUAGUUUUCUCACCUUACAAAACUCGUUGCUGCGCCCACAAGUCCUGGACUACAGCGUCAUGACCGUCAAGCAAUCCCAUUCCUCUUCUGCACUGAAAAACCCGCCUUAAAUCGAACUUCCAAUUAUCAGUAAAUUCCAACCUUGUCUUCCGGGCUCUGUGCACACUGCCAAGGUGCUGAAGCUCUGUGGAGGUGUUCUCCCUUACCGCGUUUUGCCUUCCCAGAACUUGGCCUUUCCCCAGAAGGAAGAGGGAGAAAAAAAUGACCAAAUUCCAGGAGGCAUUGACCUUCAAGGAUGUGGCUGUGACUUUCACCGAGGAGGAGCUGGGGCUGCUGGACUUGGCCCAGAGGAAGCUGUACCGAGACGUGAUGCUGGAGAACUUCCGGAACCUGCUGUCCGUGGGGCACCAGUCCUCCAAGCCAGACAUGAUAUCCCAGUUGGAGAGAGAGGAGAAGCUCUGGACAACAGGGAUCCAGCCCCAGAGAGGAGGGCGUUCAGGAGGCAGGAAUCAUGAGAUGGGAACUGUUCAGGACACAGGAGUGAGGUGCCUUUCACUGGGAGAGCUUUCCUGCUGGCAGAUCAGACACGUUGUGAGCAAAUCAACCAAAAGCCAAAACUCUGUGAUAAAUAUUCAAGAGAAGAGUUCUCAGUCCCCCAAACAACAUAAUUCCCCUGCAGGAGUAUCUGCCCAGGCUUCCAUGGAAGGCAGCUGUUUUGUGACUCUUAUAGAAGGUCAUUCUGACAUUAUUGAAAAUCAAGAAUUUCCAGCUGGGAGAGCUCCAAAUUCCUGGAGUAAACUCUGUCUGAGUGGGACACAGAAUUACCAGAGGGGCUGUCAGCUGAUUCCCAUGAAGAACAAGAUCUGUAUGUUUGCUCCAUGUGUUGACUUUUUCGCGUGUAUCUCCCCCCACCACGAGGACCACACAGUGCCCCAAAGAGAGAAGGCUCAGGGCACCAGAGAGUGUGGUAAAGACCUAAAGGCAUCACUGCUAGCCCAGCGAAGCAUCCUUGAGGCUGGACCAAAAGCCUACCCCUGUAAGGAGGGUGAGAGAGGACUCGGUGACUGCGCCAGCCUGGAGCUUCAUCAGCGGCUACACGUGGGCGGGAAGUCUCCGACCCACGGGACGCCCAAGAAGGACCCGGGUCACGGCUCAGCGUGCCCCACUCCACCGGGCGCCCUCCCGGGGACGAAGCGCUACUGGUGCCGCGAGUGCGGGAAGGGCUUCAGCCAGAGCUCCAACCUGCAGACCCACCAGCGAGUCCACACCGGGGAGAAGCCCUACUCGUGCCACGAGUGCGGGAAGAGCUUCAACCAGACCUCGCACCUGUAUGCCCACCUGCCCAUUCACACUGGGGAGAAGCCCUACCGCUGCGAGAGCUGCGGCAAGGGCUUCAGCCGCAGCACCGACCUCAACAUCCACUGCAGGGUCCACACCGGCGAGAAGCCCUACAAGUGCGAGGCGUGCGGCAAGGGCUUCACGCAGAGGUCCCACCUGCAGGCCCACGAGAGGAUCCACACGGGCGAGAAGCCCUACAGGUGUGCGGACUGCGGGAAGCGCUUCAGCUGCAGCUCCAACCUUCACACGCACCAGCGGGUGCACACAGAGGAGAAGCCCUACAAGUGCGAGGAGUGCGGCAAGCGCUUCAGCCUGAGCUUCAACCUGCACAGCCACCGGCGCGUGCACACGGGCGAGAAGCCCUACAAGUGCCAGGAGUGCGGCAAGGGCUUCAGCUCUGCCUCCAGCUUCCAGAGCCACCAGCGCGUGCACACGGGCGAGAAGCCCUUCCGCUGCGGCGAGUGCGGGAAGGGCUUCAGCCAGAGCUCCUACUUCCAGGCCCACCAGCGCGUGCACACCGGGGAGAAGCCCUACAAGUGCGAGGUGUGCGGCAAGCGCUUCAACUGGAGCCUGAACCUCCACAACCACCAGCGCGUGCACACGGGCGAGAAGCCCUACAAGUGUGAGGAGUGCGGCAAGGGCUUCAGCCAGGCCUCCAACCUCCAGGCGCACCAGAGCGUCCACACCGGCGAGAAGCCGUUCAAGUGCGCCGCGUGUCAGAAGCGGUUCAGCCAGGCCUCGCACCUGCAGGCGCACCAGAGAGUCCACACCGGGGAGAAACCCUUCAAGUGUGGUACCUGCGGCAAGGCCUUCAGCCAGAGGUCGAACCUUCAGGUCCAUCAGAUCAUCCACACGGGCGAGAAGCCCUUCAAGUGCGAGGAGUGCGGGAAGGAGUUCAGCUGGAGCGCGGGGCUCAGCGCCCACCAGCGGGUGCACACGGGAGAGAAACCCUACAGGUGCCAGCAGUGCGGGAAGGGCUUCAGCCAGGCCUCGCACUUCCACACGCACCAGAGGGUCCACACGGGGGAGAGGCCCUACAGAUGUGACGUAUGUUGCAAGGGCUUCAGCCAGAGGUCGCAUCUUGUCUACCACCAGAGGGUCCACGCGGGAGGGAGUCUGUAGGGGUGGGGGGUGUGGAGCUGGCCUCAGCGAGAACCCACCUCUUCACCUCUGUUGGAAAAGUCCUGUCCUGGGGAUCGUGGGAGGUUCCUGUGGGCCUUGGAAGCUCCGAGGCAUCUUCAUGGGAAAGAAGUUGUAGAAGAGGCAGUGUUAGCAAGUUUCAGCUGGGAGGUGACCUCUUUGUAGAGGUCACCAUAAAUAUGGUCAGUGGUUACUCCGGAGCCCUGAAUACCCUCUCAAGAUGUGACACGAGAAGAACCAUUGCCCUUUUCCCAGGAGAGAAGGCUUAUACAUGAAGGUUAUGGGCAGGGCUUGAACUAACAAAAGUAUAGUGCAGACAGUCAUUGUCAGCUGAAGGUGCCCUCCACCCAUAGCGGGCUGUUUGUCACCACUGUGUCUCUACCGUGUAGAACUGUGUUUGGCUUCUAAUAGGUCCCCAGCGAUUACUGAACCAAGUGUAGAAAAACCCUCUAAUUAGGACAAAUAUUUGAAAAUUCUGGUCCAAAAUAAUUCCCUCCCCUAAAUUUGUAACAACAUACUCAAGAGGAAUCCUGCAAGUCGCCUUAAUCAGAUUGAUUUCAGGAAACAUUCAUUGACACACUCACGUUAAUACUGCCACCCACGACAAUACCGAUUUGGACGAGGCUUGUGAAUGACCACCAGCCUCUGUCCAGCUUCAGUCGUAUGUAUAGAAUUACCCAUUGUAUGCAGUGUAAUAUUUAGUAUCAUUAGUUUGUAUUUUAUACACCAAAAGAGACUUUUUAUUAGUCUAAUAACAUAUUACAAUUUAUAUGAUUGGAAAUUUUGUACCCUAACUUGUUACGGUAGGAUUUUACUGUAACUGAAAGUGUUAAAAGCAGUUACUAGUGACAAAAAGUUUCUUAGUAAACUUAAAUUGUUAA